ACAAAAAUGUCGAACAUUUGACAAAAUUAUAAACGUGUUACAUAUUUCAUCGUCCUCAUGUCUCUUACUGCACUUUUUCCUAUCUUCCUUCUUUGACACCUCCUUUCUUCCUCUUUCUCUCUCUUCUGUUUUUUUCCUCAUUUCCAUCUUCAUCUCAUUUUUCUCUCUCUUCGAUCACCGAUCCCAAAAAAAACGCAAAAAUUCAUCGUAUUUCGUCACAAUCUAGGGUUUUAUAAUUUCGAUUCAACUUUCUUCCACCUCCAUUUCUCCCCCAAAUUCGACCUUCUUAGGGUUUUAAUUUAGGGUUAGGGUUAUAUAAAAUGGGAGGCGACUGGCAGCAGAUAUUACAAUCAGUUUUCAUAGGAUUAAUCUUCUCUUUUCUUCUCGCGAAGUUGAUUUCGUUUGUUACAGCAUUUAAAGAAGACAAUCUUUCAAUUUCUCGUGCUUCUAAUACCGACGCCAUAACUGGACCUUCAAAUUCGCGUCAUAGUCGGAAACUAUCGGUUCAAUCGGAGCCUGAAUCGACGGUUUCUGAAGGAGAUUUGAGUGAGAUAGCGUCGAGAGUUAGUGAUGAUAACACUUCGGUUUUAGCUGAGAAAGGGAGUGUUACUGCUGGUGAUGUGUUUAUGGAUGAUGUUUUAACUGAUGAUGAUGAUGAUUGGGAAGGUGUGGAGAGUACUGAGCUUGAUGAGGCGUUUAGUGCUGCCACCGCUUUCGUCGCGGCGUCAGCGGCGGAUAAGAUGGCUCAUAAAGUAGGAAAUGAUGCUCAACUUCAGCUUUAUGGCUUGUAUAAGAUUGCUACUGAAGGUCCUUGUAGUACCCCGCCUCCUCCCGCCUUCAAGCUCACGGCUCGAGCCAAGUGGAACGCGUGGCAGAAAAUGGGUGCUAUGCCUCCUGAGGAUGCAAUGCAGAAGUAUGUUGAUAUUGUGACAGAGCUAUUUCCUACCUGGGCAAGUGGUGGCGCAGAUAAAGCUAAAGGUGGUGCUCAGGAGCAUAGUUCAGAUUCGAAGGGACCCAUGGGACCAGUUUUCAGCAGCUUCAUUCAUGAGGAGGAAUCAGGAGUUGAAUCGAAAAUGGAUGCUGUACAUGCAUUUGCCAGAGAAGGUGAUAUCGAUAGCUUGGUGAAAUGCAUUGAGAAUGGCGUUUCGGUGAAUCUUAAAGACAGUGAAGGCCGUACCCCAUUGCACUGGGCAGUUGAUCGUGGCCAUCUUCCUGUCUUAGAGUUGCUCUGUAGCAAGGAUGCAGAUAUGAAUGUUAAGGACAACGAAGGACAAACCCCGUUGCAUUAUGCUGUUGUUUGUGAGAGAGAAGCUAUCGCUGAAUACCUGGUGAAGCACAAUGCAGAUGUUGGUAUAAAAGAUAAUGAUGGUGUAUCCCCAAGUGAUCUCUGUGAGAAGAAUUGGCCUUGGAUGCGACCUACAGACAAAGUGGUUGAGUAACGGUUUUUUUUUGUUGUCCUGCGCUCCCACUACCACUAACUAAAUCGGUUAGGAAUUUUCAUGUGGAUUUGUACAUGCUAUGUGUUAUCAACCAUGGUCCUGUUUUGGCUUGAAGAUGUGUUGAUAUAGGUUAAUAUUAUAUGUCUUUCAAGUGUUAAAAAUAAUUCUUUGUCUGCAAUAUCUGAAGGUUCAAUUUGGAUUCAUUAAAUUAAAUGUCAAUAAUCUGGUGCAGGUAA